CCAACGGGAUGUACGUUUUGGGGUAAAAAACCGUGGACAAGAAAGAAGAAACUGCUCUGGCAAGUUGGUACGCUGAUUGGUGCACCGGUUGCGAUCGCUUUAAUUGCUGGCCUUGCAAUUCCCGGCAUCAUCUUCGGAGUACCUGUUUUCGUUGGAAGGAAAGUGAAUCAACGUUUCGCACACCAUUCAAAAGUGCGUCGUCGAUUGCUAACAACGAGCAGUGUUAUUGGAUCAUUGGUUGUGAGUCCUGUUUUAGCAGUCAUGGCUGUUGGUGUUGGUGUGCCAAUAAUGUUAGCAUAUGUUUACGGAGUGGUACCGUUAUCAUUAUGCCGUAAUGGUGGUUGUGGUAUCGGAAACACGUCUUCAUUGUUGGAACUUAACGAGAUUGAUGAUGACGAAAUAUGGCAUGAAGUGAAUGAAGAUGCUGGUGAUCAAGAAAAAUCACGUCUGCUGAAUGAUGUUGAGCGUCAAGAUGGAACGUCGGUGGUAACAGGUUUAUCGAUCAACAGUGGUCUAUCGUCAUCAACAACACAGCACCAAACUCAUAGUCGUUUACACGUUCAAGCUGAAUUGUGUCGUAGAAGACCGAGUCUUGAAUCUGGUGUUAUGAGUUUAGGUGAGAAAUGCAAUUAUGAAGAGGCUAGUACGAAAGCAAUGGCUGGAUCUCAAUAUUAUGAUGACAAAAGUGUACGUACGAUGUGUUCUGGACAAGAAGCAGUGAGCUAUUGUGAAGAGAUAGCAAGUACAGUGGCAUUGGCUGGAUCGGUGAUUGAUGCGAAAUCAUUAACUGAUAGCGCGAGUGAUAAGAUGGUGAUAGCGCAACUGUGUUGUCGUGAUCGGGACAGGGAGAGGGAUAAAGAGAGAGAUCUGAGUCCAAUAUCAUCACAUCAUAUCAAUGAUGCGAAUAGGAUCGGUGGUGGUGAUGAUCGUCCAUGCAGUAGCAGNAAUCAGAGUCAGCAACAUCCAGAUAUCAACGCUCAUGCUCACAAUAGAGAAGAAACAACCUCUUGUGGUAGCAGUAGUUACAAACGUCGAACGAGAGCUACGAGUACUGCGUCUGGCAGCAGUUCGAACCGUAUCCCUGCAAAUCGUUUAUUAUCGCAUUCCAAUUCACAGCAACUCGUCAAUUUAGUUAUUGCUACUAAUACUGAAGGUGAUUGUGAUGAGAUGAUGUUGAUGAGUGAAGAUGCGAUGAUGCAGUUGACUAGCGAAAAUAGCAAAAAUUAUCCUUCCACCUCCACCGCCAGCAAUACAAACCCGAUACGAUCGUUAUUUGGUGAUAACGGUGGCGGCGCGAGUACAUCUUCACAAAAUGUCGGAGGACCGGUGGUGUGGGGAAGUGGGAAUGCACACGUGAAUGAGAGCGAUCAGACGCAUGAUCGAUAUCGAAUUCGAGCGUUUUUCGAUACGAUGAAGCAGCUGGUAUCCGAUGAUGUGCAUGUGUCCAAUGAACCGGUCGCAUCCUACGUUCGUGCAUCGACGAACGCCACUCGCAGUUCGGCAGUGGUUCGUCAUUCGGGUAGUGUCAAAAGUGUCACUCAGUUCACAUCAGACACCAACAAUAACGAUCACUCCUCCUCAAAACUAUCGUCAUCGUCAUCCUCGCGCAAUCGAACGCCAUCCUCAAGCGGCAGUAGUAAUGAGCAGAAUCGUGUUACCAUAUCAACUGAUAUACUAUCUUCCAGUGUGUCACUAGCAAAUAAACCGAUGACAUCAAAUCGUCAACGCAACACUUCAAAACGACGAUUCUUCUCGAAUUUGUUCAGGAGAAAUCAACGCGAUUAA